AUGGCAACCCGCUCCCGGCCGCCCUCUCAAACCCGCUCCCCUAUCGAUCAAGGGGACCUGGGACCCUUCCUUCCGUCAGCCGCCCCUGUCGAGCUUGGGGAAGUAUCCCUCGAGCGCGUCACACGCCUCCUCCUUGGCCUCCUUGGCCAAGUCGAACGCCUUGAACGGGAAGUCGGGGAAAUCAAAGAAGCAGGGAUCGAGACCCGCACCAACGUCAAAAACAUAUCCCAAGCCAUCGAUGUUGUCAAGGAUGGGCUUAGAAGCCUCCAGCUCCACGGGCCCCGGACCCCUGAAGACACCAAGCCCCCGGCCGUGGAAGCAACGCCACGCCCCCUAUCAAAAGUCAACCCUAUUGGAUCGACUAGUUGGGGUCCAUUCCGCCCCGAACCGCCCAAGGGGCUCCCUACCUUUGCCCAGCCCGCUCCUGUACAAGCAAUACCCCCGCAAGUCCCAUCUCCCCCUCCAUCUCCGCGUCUCCAAUCCCCGAUCGGGACAGCCGCCCCUCCACCUCCGGCUCCAGUCGCCGCCUAUCCUGCUCCGGUCAAGGUUGACCACCCCAACGCCUACACAGGCAAAAUAGGGAGCAAAGCAAAGCAAUGGCUGACUUGGAUGCUAGCCUGGACCCGUCUCAACUCCCAAAUGUUCCCCACUGAUCAAGAGGUUUUAUCCUUCCUCUUGAUGAACAUGAAGGACACUGCUGGGGCCUGGGCCCACCCGCACCUCGACCAGCUCGGCUCGCACCAGGCCAUUAUUCAGACGGUUGAAGGGUUCAAAAUGGAGUUUCUGGCGGCAUUUGGUGACCCUGACGCUACAAGGGCCGCCGAGCGGAAGAUUACCACCCUCACCCAGUCCGGCACAUGCGCGGACUACAUCACAAAGUUCAGGACCCUAGCAAUGGAACUGGACUGGAACGACGCGGCCCUUCGAGGCCAGUUUGCCCGCGGCCUCCACUGGGAGGUCAGCCGCCAGAUUGCCACCCGCAAGCACCGACCCUGCACCCUCCUUGAGCUGCAAAACGCAGCACUUGUCAUUGACAACGCUCUCCGCAAAGAGCGCGCUAGCCACCCACCAAGGGACAAUAAGUCUAGCAAAUCAUCCAACCCUGCAAGGGGGACAAAACUCUCCAAUGAUCCCAACUUUGUAUUGGAAGAGGAACGCAAUUGCCGCCGCGCCGCAGGCGCCUGUAUCAAAUGCGGUAAAAUGGGUCAUAAAUUUGCAGAAUGCUGCACGGGCUGGAAAGCCACCCCUAUUGAAGAAAAGGGGAAGGCCAAGGAAACCGCCAAGAUUGGCAAAGACUCCAAGUACCAGUUGGGAAAAGAGCGCUACCUCCUCAUUUAUGCACCCCGUACCGCGGAAUCACUCCGCCUCCCACUUAUAGAUCUCCCUUCACCCCGCACCGUCACUAUGCUCGAUGGGUCAAGCCCCCAGGCUGGCAAAAUCUGGAAGAAAGCUAAACUCACCUUCUCCUUUGAUGGCAAACAAAUGACUGAGACCUUCCUAAUCUACGCCCACAACCCGGAGAUUGAUUGGAACCUACGUACCCUGUCCUUCCCCCAUGCACCACCAGAACAUGUGGUCAUUGCCAAAGAAGAGGAAGCUGAUCAAAACCCCCUUGAAGGAGUACCCCCGGAAUACCACCAAUAUGCCAAAGUAUUUGGGGAAGAAGAAUUCAAUAAGCUUCCACCCCACAGGCACUAUGACAUUGGAAUAGAGCUCACGGAAGAGGGCCUGCUUAACUCGCCCCUCUACAGUAUGACCAACGCCGAAUCUGCUACACUCAAGGAUUGGCUCAGGGACGAACUUAAGGCAGGCAAAUACGCCCCAGCAAUGGUAGACUACCGUCGCCUCAAUAACCGGACAAAAAAGAACGUGUACCCAUUACCCCGUCCCAAUGACCUCAUGGCCCAGCUCCGCGGCGCCAAGGUAUUCACCAAACUGGACUUACGAUGGGGUUAUAACAAUGUCCGGGUCAAGGAAGGCGACGAGUGGAAAAUGGCUUUUCGCACCAAGUACGGCCUAUACGAAUCCCUGGUAAUGACUUUUGGGUUAACAAACGCCCCUGCCGCUUUUCAACACUUCAUGAAUGAAUUAUUCAAGGACUUGCUGGAUAAUGAUGCAUCCCACACUCAGCACGUCCAUGAAGUUUUACGGCGCCUAUUGGAAAACCAACUGUUCUGUAAGGCCUCAAAAUGCAUAUUCCACGUCACUUCCAUGGAAUACCUGGGAAUCAUUGUGUCGGAUAAGGGUUUCAGUCUGGAUAAGCUCAAAAUCCAGGCAGUCCAAGAAUGGCCCACGCCCACCAAGGUUAAGGAAGUACAAUCCUUCCUGGGCUUUGCCAACUUCCUCCGCCGUUUUGUUGCCAACUUUAGCCACAUGGCUAGGCCAUUACAUAAUUUGGUAAAGAAGGACACGCCAUGGAAAUGGGGCACCCGGGAACAAGAAGCUUUUCAAGGACUUAAGGAGGCCAUCACAAACGCUCCCGUACUUUGCCAUGCCAACCCUGCCAAGCCUUACUUUCUAGAAACGGAUGCUUCCGGAGCAGCACUGGGUUCCAUAUUGAGCCAACGCCAGGAAGACGGUUGCCUACACCCCCUGGGAUUCCUGUCAGAAUCAUUCAAAGGCGCGGAACAAAACUAUGACACACAUGACAAGGAAUUGCUAGCAAUCAUUUGCUCCUUUGAAUACUGGCGUAUCUUCUUAGAAGGAACCCUACACCCUGUCACCGUGUUCACUGAUCACCGCAACUUAGAAUAUUGGAAGGAGUCCCGUACGUUCAACCGCCGCCAUGCCAGAUGGCACCUGCUACUAGCCGGAUAUAACUUUCAUAUUGUGUACCGCCCAGGCAAACAGUCCAGCAAACCAGAUGCCCUGUCACGCCGAUCAGAUCACGCCGACGUCCCACCUGCGCCACAGACCAUGCUACCGGACCCAGUAUUUGCCAACGUCGCCCUAGUCACACCAGAAAAAGAGUUGCAACGCCAAAUUGAAGCAUCUCUAGAUCAGGAUGAGUCCUUGGAGGAAAUACUCCAGUUCCUACAGAACGAGUCAAAAGCCCCACCUUCCAUUAAACAAGCCUUCAAAGAUUACCAAAUGGAGGCAGGCCUACUCUUCUAUCAAGGACGCAUUGUGGUUCCAGAUCCCACUAGCGGGCACCCAGGGAGACAACGCACCUUGGAACUAAUCUCCAGGAAUUACUACUGGCCUGGGAUCCACGCGGACACGUAUUGGCAUGUCGACUCUUGCAAAACAUGUCAACGGAUCAGGAAGCCCAAGUAUGCAUCCAUCCCACCUCAACCCCUGGAACUGCCAACGCGCCCCUGGCAACACGUGUCUUACAAUAUGAUAGUGGACUUGCCUAAAGACGGAAGUAAUGACUCUAUCUUAGUCAUUGUAGAUAGCUUCACCAAAUACGUCAUCCUGGUGGAAUGCUCUAAGAAACUAAAGGCACCCAAACUAGCGGACCUGUUCCUACGUCACAUAUGGAAACGUUUUGGCAUGCCGGAGAAAACAGUCUCAGACCGGGAAGGACUAGGAAUAGACCCUCACUUCUCCUUGGCCUACCACCCCCAAAGCAAUGGCCAAACGGAGCAAGUAAACCCCACAGUCGAACAUUUCCUACGGGCGUACUCAGGGGUCAAUCAGAAAGACUGGGUCAAAUGGUUACCAAUGGCGGAGUUUGCCUACAACAACGCCGUUCAUAGUUCAACAGGCAAAUCCCCCUUUAAGGCACUAUACGGCUGGGAACCUUCCUUGACUCCAAGUAGCAUCCCAACAGACGUCCCUGAGGCAGACAGCCUAGCAACCCAGAUGGAAGCACAAUGGCGGGAAAUAGAGGCAGCACUCCGGCAAUCAAAGACACGCAUGGUGGCCGGAGAAAUAGGGGAACCACUUAAGUUUGAAGUUGGAGAAGAGGCCUGGCUGGACGCCAAGAACGUAAAGCUAAAGACCCUCAGUCCAAAGCUGACCAAACAGCGCCUAGGCCCCUUCAAAGUAACCGAGAGAAUCUCCAACAGGGCAUACCGCUUGGAACUUCCACCCACAAUGAGAAUCCACGAUGUUUUCUACGUGGGUCUUCUGUCAAAAGUCAAAAGGGACAAAAAGCGCAACUUCGAGAACCGGCCACCACCUGUCACCGUGGAUGGAGAGAAGAAUACGAGGUUGAAGGGAUCACAGACAUGGAAGAAAGGAACGGGAAGUGGUUUUUCAGGGUUAAAUGGAAAGGCUAUGGGUCAGAGGAAAAUACCUGGGAACCAAGAGAAAACCUAA